AUGUUCACCAGAGAAACAAACGAGUAUGAGCGCCUAUACUCCCUAGACGUGCUAGGGAUCGAGGAUCGGGGCGAAGGUGACCAGCUUGAUGUCUAUCGAGAGUUUCAAGAAAGCAUCACAACGCGAAACGACGGGAGAUAUGAAGUGAGCGUACCGUGGAUACCGGGAGCAGAGCUUGUCAACAGUAACGAGGAACCCAGCAGGAAACGGUUGAAGAACAUAGAACGGAAACUGAGUCAUGAUAAAAAGCUUCGAGAGGCUUACAAGGAGAUUGUGAAAGACCAGCUAGAGAAAGAGAUUAUUGAGCCAGCACCCUCCCAGCCAACAGGACCUUGCGUUUUCUACAUGCCUCAUAUGCCCAUCGUCCGAGAACAAUCUAGCAGUUCGAAGGUGCGAAUGGUAUUUGACGCAAGUGCGAGACCCAAUCCGUUAGCGAACAGUGUGAAUGAGUGUAUGCACACCGGACCGUCUUUACAACCGUUGAUGUGGGACAUUUUAAUAAGAGCGAGAAUGAGUCCACACCUUGUAGUAGCAGAUAUCCAAAAGGCGUUCCUUCAGGUGGGCCUGAAGGAGGAGGACAGAGAUGCCUUUAGGCUUCUUUUCAACAUUAACAACCAUGAACAGCACUUCAGAUUUGCCCGAAUUCCCUCCGGUGCAGAAGCCAGUCCGUUCAUGCUAGGAGCUACAAUAAACUACCACCUUGACCACCAACCCGAUACCCUAGAGACCACCGUUCAAGCGCUACGACAGAACACAUACGUGGAUAACCUCAUGCAGAUCUCAGACGACAUCGAAGAACUGAGCAAGUUCAAAGAAGAAGCAACCCACAUCUUUGAAUCGGCACAAUUCCCCAUUCACAAAUGGGAAUCAAACGUACUGGAGUUAGACACUGAACCCAAUCCAAGCAAGAUACUUGGACACAUCUGGGACAAGCGUGAAGACUCGCUUGAGAUCAAGGUUGAUGCAAGUUCAACGGAGGGUAGUCCUGUGACAAAGCGUACUAUUCUAAGUAAACUCAGUGGCGUGUACGAUCCACUAGGGAUAAUGUCUCCAACCAUGGUAGAGGGGAAGCGUAUUUAUCGGGAAGCUUGUGACGAGAAUGUUGGCUGGAACGCGGAAGUCAGUGACGUAGUGAAGAAAGAUUGGGUACGGUGGACUAGCCAAUUGAGAAACGUGAGAGUACCAAGAAGCAUAGCAAAAGACAUACGUAAGAUUAAUAAAGUACAUCUACAUGUGUUCGCUGAUGCUAGUAAUGUUGCAUGUUCCACCGCAAUAGCAGUGAUUGAACAUUCAAGCGGAGUGAUCAAGGGGCUACUGACGUCGAAGAGUAGAAUAUCGAAGCGCAACACCACAAUAGCGAGGUUGGUCAGUGGGCAUAUGGCCGCAAAUAUG